UGUUAAUUCUAUUCAUUUAUUAUGGCAGAAGUAUUUUAAAGUAAAUUAGACAAAUCAUGACAUUUCAUACCCAAUACUUUAACAUGCAUCUCUAAAAACCAAUUUCUUACAAAGCCACAUAAUUUUAUUACGCCUAAUAAGGAGACGUAGCAGGGUAGUGUGAAGGAGGGGAAAUCGUGGCGAUGGGUUAGGUAUACACUUAGAAUGAAGUGCAGACUCCACACGGAGGCCCUCCCGAGGCCCAACCGGACCUGACCUGGGCCCUGUUUGCUUCUCUGUCUUCACCUGCCAGCACUACCCGCAGCUACGCUCCAGCCACACAGGACUUCUUUGAGUUCUUUCAGUGACCAAUCUCUUUCUCGCCUCAGGGCUUUUGUACUGGCGGUUCCUUCCGCCGGACACGUCGGGUUUCUUCGUUUUUGCGGACUGGCGCUUUCUGAUUUCAGAGACUCUCCGCAACAGAACCAUCUCGAGUGGGUCUACCUCUUCGCCUUUUUUUGUUGUUGUUGUUGCUUGGCUGCGCUUCUGACAGGGCAGGCCGUGAUGAUGUUUGUUUAUGAGUUAGGUCUGACUGUUCGUUGAUGCUUAGGAUCCCCACCGGGUCCCUAGGGCCUGUGCGUACCGCGCACCUGUGCACGUCCUGCGCGCAGCUGCAGGCGACUCCGCUCUGGCUCGUCGCUGCUGUUUCCUGCUGGGGGUGCCGAUCCUGUCCCACGCUAGCUGGGUGACUUCUCCCAACCGCAGAGACAGCGGCGACCCGGGGCCUCAGACCUGCCCCCGCAUCCCGCCGGCGCCAGGCAGUGGGAAGUCAGGUUCUUCCGCCACCUCCCAGCCAGGUAACUGCCCCGAAGCCUGCCCCAAAGCCUGGAACCCCCCAAGCUCGGGGACCCCACCCCGAAGAGUCGCGACCGCUUCCCUGAGGGACUACACCUCCCAGCGGCUCCCAGCGCGCUCCCGGGCACCGCCCGUUCUGGCAUUAACCCUUUAGUGGCUGCAGUGGCGACGAGCGGAACGGAGUGCGGGUUCCCGGGGAGGGGGCGUGCAGGAUCGGGUUGUGGGGGGUGCGCUGUAGGGCUAAGGAGAGGAUGAGCUUUGGGGGGCCCUGAGGAGGAGGGGAGUCAGGAUUAACCGAGGACAGGGUCGCAGCGGGGGCAUGGGCAGGACGGGCCCGAGAGCGCCGCUCCUCCCCAAAACCAGGAUUUGGAGCCUCACGUUCCGCAAAACGAGCCCUGUGGGUGCCCCGCCAGGGGCGGCUCCCAGGUGUGGAGGGGGCAAGGUACGGGCGUCUGCCGUCGCUAAGUGCCCCCUUCCACUUAAGGCACACCUUCGCCUCCGAUUCCGAACCGCCCGGGGACAGAGGCAAGUGGCAAAGCAGGGAGGGCGGAGGACUCUGCCACCCUCCCUCAGGAUGCCUGAGGGCCCUGAGCUGCACCUGGCCAGCCAGUUUGUGAAUGAGGCCUGCAGGGCGCUGGUGUUCGGCGGCUGCGUGGAGAAGUCCUCUGUCAGCCGCAACCCUGAGGUGCCCUUUGAGAGCAGUGCCUACCGCAUCUCAGCUUCAGCCCGCGGCAAGGAGCUGCGCCUGAUACUGAGCCCUCUGCCUGGGGCCCAGCCCCCACAGGAGCCGCUGGCCCUGGUCUUCCGCUUCGGCAUGUCCGGCUCUUUUCAGCUGGUGCCCCGCGAGGAGCUGCCACGCCAUGCCCACCUGCGCUUUUACACGGCCCCGCCUGGCCCCCGGCUCGCACUAUGUUUCGUGGACAUCCGCCGGUUCGGCCGCUGGGACCUUGGGGGAAAGUGGCAGCCGGGCCGCGGGCCCUGUGUCUUGCAGGAGUACCAGCAGUUCAGGGAGAAUGUGCUACGAAACCUAGCGGAUAAGGCCUUUGACCGGCCCAUCUGCGAGGCCCUCCUGGACCAGAGGUUCUUCAAUGGCAUUGGCAACUAUCUGCGGGCAGAGAUCCUGUACCGGCUGAAGAUCCCCCCCUUUGAGAAGGCCCGCUCGGUCCUGGAGGCCCUGCAGCAGCACAGGCCGAGCCCGGAGCUGACCCUGAGCCAGAAGAUAAGGACCAAGCUGCAGAAUCCAGACCUGCUGGAGCUAUGUCACUCAGUGCCCAAGGAAGUGGUCCAGUUGGGGGGCAAAGGCUACGGGUCAGAGAGCGGGGAGGAGGACUUUACCGCCUUUCGAGCCUGGCUGCGCUGCUAUGGCAUGCCAGGCAUGAGCUCCCUGCAGGACCGGCAUGGCCGUACCAUCUGGUUCCAGGGGGAUCCUGGACCGUUGGCACCCAAAGGGCGCAAGUCCCGCAAAAAGAAAUCCAAGGCCACACAGCCGAGUCCUGAGGACAGAGUGGAGGACCCUUCGCCUCCAAGCAAGGCCCCUUCCAGGACACGAAGGGCAAAGAGAGACCUUCCUAAGAGGACUGCAACCCAGCGGCCUGAGGGGACCAGCCUCCAGCAGGACCCAGAAGCUCCCACAGUGCCCAAGAAGGGGAGGAGGAAGGGGCGACAGGCAGCCUCUGGCCACUGCAGACCCCGGAAGGUCAAGGCUGACAUCCCAUCCUUGGAACCAGAGGGGACCUCAGCCUCUUAGCAGGAGGCUCUCCUUGCUUGCACUCACCCUUUCUUAUUGUCUUGCCCUGCAUCUGGGGGUCUGAAUUUUUGGGAGCAGGCAAUAUCUGAAGGUACAAACAGGCCCUACGGCUGUUCCCUGCACAACUCUCAUGGUUUUAAUUGUACCCCAUCUUCCACAUCUUUAAAGCUCAUGUGAAAAAUGCUGCAUUUUUAAUAAACUGAUAAAUUUGAA